ACCUUGAACAACGAUCAAGAGGCUCCAAAGCCUGCCACUUCCUUCACACCGUGCUAAAGCGACUUGGUCCGUGCUGCCCCGCUCUGCUACUAGUACUACCCCAUGAGGCGCCAGACUUGCUCAUGACUCCCAAUUCUUAGCCGAAGCAACAGUAGUACUCAGUAUUCCCUGUACAAGCGUUACUCGCAGGAUGAGCCUCGUGAGGAUGUGAAGACGAGAUUUGAUAGUACUGGUCUGCUAAUCUCCAUUUGCUAGGAGUUGUUAUACAUUUUUUCCGAGCUUUAAGUCAAUUAGUGGUUACAGGUAGAUUCGUUCGAUUGCUUGCAAUUGGUUUUAAACUUAACAGUCUCAGCGCUGUAAUUGAUAUAGCGCCUUUGCAGUGUGAUGCGAUUCAAAACUCGAGUUGCUACAGAUUUGGUGAUCUUCUUUGUGGGAGAGUCAGAUUGCAAGAGUCAAAGAUGACUUGCAAGCCACAGUUGCGAGCUUAGGCAAACUGACUUGCUAUUAACACUGCUUUUCAAAGGCCGAGUCUUUUGGCUCACUUCAGAUUCUUUGCAGGUAUUGGCUUAAUGGCAAGAAUUGGCUGUGUGGAGAUCAUGGCUGUAUGGAGAUCAUGCAUCAACAAUUGUAUGCAAAGCAGGUUAUUUAGUUGGUGGAAACCCAAUUUCAACAGUAUUGAGCUGGUAGGCUCAAAUGGUCUACUUAACCUCUGCAAGGAAACAAUAGCCAAAACGCUCACUAGAUCAAGUGAAAAACAUUUCAUGAACAAGCACCAAUGUGUCUUGCUAUUCCAAAGACUUUCAGAGACACAUGAUACUUUGACAAAAGUUCAACAGUCAAUAUCCUUUGAUCUUGAUGAAAAACUGUUUCUUGUGCUUCAAGAGCUUCUCCAAGUUCUCCAGGAUGUUGAGAGGGUCAUCCAAUCCAGCUACGUCAUCACUUCAGAAUGGCUGAGAGCAGCUAUUGAACAAAGUGAUAUGAAAGAGACCUUUUCAAAACUCAUAUAUGAAAUGCAAUGGCAUACAGAUGUCCUUCAAAGCAUCUGUAUGGACUGUAUUAGAAUCUCCACCAUCACAUUUGAACUAGCAUGGUGCUUUGGUCAGUUAAGUGUGAGGGAUGAGUUUGCUUUAUUAGCAGCCAAUAAAGAAGAUGAGAUAGCUCUGAAAAACAGUUUCACAUCUUUGAGGUUACAGAAAUCGAUUGAGAGAGAUUUUAGAAAUCAAUUGCUGAAGAAGAUGGAAGCCCUAGAAGAUCAGCUUGCAUCACCACUUGGUGGUUCACAUCAGCUACUUGAAAAUGAAGAUCAACACAAGGAGCAAUCAACAAUUAUGUGCAAGGAUUCAAAUGAAAUCAACUCGGUUACUUCAUCCUUAAAUUUAUUUUUUUUAAGUCCUCAAGACCUGCUCAAUUGUCUCAGUGGAGAAUUAGUUGGUUUGGGUGCCAGUGGACGUGUGCAAAGGAUAAAUCUUCUGGGAAGCACCUUCACAAUGAAGAUUUUUGAGCAGAAGAAUACAACAUCCUUUGAUCAGGAAAUGGCAGCUAUGCAAAAAUUGGGGCAUCAUCCUCAUGUUGUGCACCUCUUGUGCUAUUCUAAAACAGACGACAAGUGCUUCUUAAUCAUGGAAAAGAUGGACAUGGAUCUUUCUCAAUUUUUGCAGGAGAAGAAAGUAAAAGGCAAUAAACUUUCAGUUGUGGAGGCUAUUGUGCUGAUGCUCAACAUUGCUGAAGGCAUUAGGUACAUUCACAGCAAGCAAAUGGCACAUUGUGAUCUUAAACCAAGGAAUGUCCUUGUGAAUGUUGAAGUUGAUCCCCUAAGCAAACUGUUGAAAGCUUGUGCAGUGAAGAUUACUGAUUUUGGUUUGACCAAAACAAAAAAUGUUGGCAAAACAUAUACAGACCAAACUUGGGACACAGACACCCUAUGGUAUGUGGCUCCAGAGGUUGCAAAAGGAAAGGACAAUAGGAGUAAAAGAGUGAAGUUUAAUCUAAUGAAAGCUGAUGCCUACAGCUUUGGUAUCUUAUGUUCUGAGAUUCUGUCUGGGGAGAAAAUGUCUGAAGACCAACCGGCAAUUGAUUUGAAGAAGAAAGUGAAGGCUAGUGAUAGUCCAGAGUCUAGACCAGAUCUUUCAAAGGUAUCAUUUCCUCCAUUGUUGGAGUCUCUAAUUAGGAGAUGUUGGGCUGAAAAUUCCCGUGUCCGGCCAAAGUUUGACAGGAUCUGUGAAGAACUGAGGUUCAUCAAAGGGCUACUCCUACGAGGUGAUCACAAGAUACUCGAGAGUGAUGACAAUUGGGAAGAACUUGGAUCCAAGAUCAAGGGGGCAAAGACAAAACAGCAUCAAAUAUCAUGCAGACAUUGCAUUAGUGGUAAUUUUGAAGAAGGUGAAAAAUCUUCAAAUGUGGCUGCAUCAAUGAAAGGUGUAAGACAAGGACCAUGGGGACGUCAUGAACCAAAUAAAAAAACAGGUCUCUUUGAUCAUGUGGCUGCUUCUAUUAAAUGGAUUAGGUUGAAAUACCAACAAAAUCCACCAGGAAUUGGAUUAUUAGAGGUGGGAUAUCUUGAACUGGAUGGAGAAGAGUAUGUGGAGAAAUACUCAAGUGAUAUCAUUGGAACCACCUACUGCAAGAUUGAUUUCAAGCCUGAUGAAUACAUAAAACAAGUUACUGGAUCAGUGGCUCGGCAUGAGGUUACAGUAGGAGAUGAUAAAGUUGGUCUCAUUUGUGUGUCAUCCCUUACUAUACAUACAAAUAUCAAAACUUAUGGUCCAUUUGGUGAUGAUACCAUGGGUACUCAAUUCAAAAGUGGUAUUGGAGAAGUGAUUGGAUUUUUCGGAGCAAGCGGUGUUCUUCUUGAUAAAUUAGGAGUUUGGAUAAUUCCUAAUGAUCAAGAAGAUGGUGAUCCAAGUCAUCUUAUAGAACAAUCAUAGAUUACAAGGUGAAGUUCUUAGUUUUAUUUAACAAACAUAAAUUUGAUUUAAGUGCUUAGUUUUGUUUCUUUUAUCACAUCAUAGAUAGUUUAACAAGUUUGUUGUAUUAACUUUCUAAUUAUUUUACUUUUUUUUGUUACUUAUUCUUACAAAAUAUUUUAAUUAAACUAGGAUAAGAUAUGUUCUAAUUUUUUA